GCGGUGGGGUGCAGGGGAGGUGAGUGAUGCUCCCGCCCCGUAGCUCAGGAGCCGGGCUAUGGGGGUGGGUGAGAGCCGCCCAGUGCCCUCAUCCCCCCGGGGCCGCCGUCGCCUGUGACUAGCCCCCUGGUCUUCUCCACCCAGGGCCGAGGCCCUGUCGUCGGGGAGCAGGAGGCUGCCGUGGGGCUGGGGCCGAGGGCGGAAGCAGUGACACCUCCCCGCCCCGCAGAGGUGGACCCUGGGGGGCAGUGGGUCUUCUCUUCUCCCUCCAGCUAUUUCAGAGCCAUGGUAUCUGAAGUGUAGGCGCAAACCAGAAGUCUCAAGAGUGCAUGUGUGUGAAUUUUUUCUUCAAGAGAACUGUAGAAGACUUCAGUAAUAUUUUAUACUGAAUCUUAUCUUCCAUCUUAAACUCAUUGCAAGUCAAAGUUCUAGGAAAGUCUGGUCAUUUACAAUGGUGAUAUUGGAAAAGAUGACAAAUGGGAAAGUGGGGCAGCUGUGCUCCCUUGCUUUCUGUCUGACCUACUGGGAGUACAGGUUGGAGUAUGUUUGCUACUUAGCAGGAAACUGAAAUUCAGGCACACAUUAUUGUAAACUCAAAGUGUGAAUAUGGGUGAAAAGAAACCAGAGCCUCUGGACUUCGUAAAAGAUUUUCAGGAAUAUCUUACUCAACAGACACACCAUGUAAAUAUGAUUUCUGGAUCUGUUAGUGGGGACAAUGAAGCAGAUGCCCUUCAGGGAGCUGGGGCAGAUGGUGAUCAGAAUGGACUAGAUCAUCCUUCUGUUGAAGUUUCACUGGAUGAAAACUCAGGAAUGUUAGUGGAUGGGUUUGAAAGGACAUUUGAUGGAAAGCUGAAGUGUCGAUAUUGCAACUAUGCCAGCAAAGGAACAGCACGGCUUAUAGAGCAUAUCAGAAUUCACACAGGUGAAAAGCCACACAGAUGCCAUCUAUGUCCAUUUGCAUCAGCUUAUGAACGUCAUCUGGAAGCGCACAUGCGAUCACAUACUGGUGAAAAACCAUAUAAAUGCGAAUUGUGUUCCUUCCGCUGCAGUGACAGAAGUAACCUGUCUCAUCAUCGUAGACGCAAGCAUAAAAUGGUACCUAUAAAAGGUACUAGGUCUUCCCUAAGCAGCAAGAAAAUGUGGGGGGUUUUGCAGAAGAAGACCAGCAAUCUGGGAUACAGCAGAAGAUCAUUAAUUAAUCUGAGUCCGCCUUCCAUGGUGGUUCAGAAACCAGACUACCUUAAUGAUUUCACCCAUGAAAUCCCAAAUAUUCAGACUGAAGCAUAUGAAAGCAUGACAAAAACAACACAGACCGGUGGCCUGCCGAGAGAUCCACAAGACCUUAAGAUAGACAAUCCAUUAAAUCAGCUAUCAACAUUAGCAGGACAGUUGUCUAGCUUGCCACCUGAAAACCAAAACCCAGCAUCUCCUGAUGUUGUACCAUGCCAAGAUGAAAAGCCUUUUAUAAUUCAGCAGCCUGCUGCACCAGCAGUAGCUUCAUCUGUGUCAACAAAUAUUCCUCAAAGUUCAUCUCCUACUAGCCCAGAUCCUCGGCCCCCACACAGUCAAAGGAACUACAGUCCAGUGGCAGGUCCAAGCAGUGAUCGCAGCGUCCAUACUAGUACUCCUAGCAUAAGUAACAGUCAGCCAAGUACUCCAGCUCCAACCCUUCCAGUUCAGGAUCCUCAGCUUCUGCAUCACUGCCAGCACUGUGACAUGUAUUUUGCAGACAAUAUCCUUUAUACUAUUCACAUGGGAUGUCAUGGGUUUGAAAAUCCAUUUCAGUGCAACAUAUGUGGGUGCAAAUGUAAAAAUAAGUAUGACUUUGCUUGCCAUUUUGCAAGAGGUCAACAUAACCAACAUUGACUGAAAACAUACUUUCAUUUAGUUUUUUUAACAUAUGUUUCAUACUUGCUGAAGGAGACCUUGCUCAUCCCCAACAAGAAGUCCAAUAAACAACUUAAUAGAGGCAAAAUUCUUUCCAUGUUGUCCUAUAAUAUGCCAGGGAUGUUUGAGUCAUGGAUGUGGUAGUUUUUAUGUUACGGUUUAAAAUAAAGUUAUGAGGAUUGGCGUGCAGUAACAUGUUUUAUGUUUCUUACAUUUAAGUUAUUUGCACUUAAGAUCCAGAAAAACAUUCUACAAAUGCCAAUCCAGAUUGUGUCCUUAAACAUAGGUUGCAAUUCAUCAGACUAGAUAUUAAACAAGAUAAGAGGUCUUGGUACCUAAAAUAUAGUAAAAGUUGUUAAUACAGUGAAAUGUGUGGUUCCUAUGAAAACCAUAUUUCUACUUAUAAACUAACUGCUUACCAAACUGGAUAAAAUCUUUGCUGUGAGUUUAUUCUUUAACUUUCAUGCAUACAAACAAUUUGAAUUUAAAAUUUGUCAGUUUCAUCUGAUCAAGAUAUCAAAUUUUUAGUGAAUUCUAAAGUCUUUUUAUGCUAGGCCUUUAAUCUUUUUCUUUUAAAAAAAACUAGACCAGUUUUAUAGAUAUGAAAAAAACUAGAAGGUACCUUUAAUAAAUAUAUAUAUUACACACACACACACACACUAUGAAUGAGGCUUUGGUAAAAAUGAGAAAUAGAAAAUAGACAGCUUUGCAUGAGGACAGUUCAUUUUAAAAACUGUCAAGACAUUCCCACUUAAAGGUUAUUAAAUACAUAAAUUGAAAACUGGAGGCCAUAUUUUAAUUAUUUUUAAAAAGAAAAACAAUGUAUUUUAACUGUCUUGCUAGGUUGCCUAUAUGUUUGAAAGUUACACAUUCUAGUCUAUAUAAACUGCAGCUAACCUGGAAUUCUCUUUGUUCCUGGUCUACCAGAGCCUGGGUUUUUUAACCUUCUGGACCUGUUCGAAAGGCCAUCUUUUUUUUCCUCCACUGUUUGUGGGGGAAGAUAGGCAGAGGAAUAUUGGUGGCUACAAUGUGGAGCUGUGAUUAAUACUGUGACUGGCAAAUACUGUCUGAAGAUGUGCAUGCCGGCCACUGUAUGGGUUAACUAUUUUUUUAUAUUUUAAAUCUUGAUCAUUGUAAAAGCACCUAGGCUAAUGGAUGGGCACUUUAAUAAAAACCUGAAUAAAACAUCCUAGCAAAGUUCCAUGAAAGCGCUAGGUAUUACAACACCUGAAUUUGUCAUGUUUCAGAAAAGUGAAUAACUUAACUUUCUCUGUAUUUUGCAAUUCACGUUGACUUUAUUUCAUAUUGUACUGCUUGUUGCAAGCUGAGGUUUUUUUGUUUUUUUUUAACUACACAAGCAAUCAUGGACAUACAAGAUAAGAGUGAAUGUUUUGUGGGCAAUAGGUACAAGAUUUACUUCCUUAACCUUUUGGGGGAUUCAUCUGAACGUCAGAUGUAGGGGUCUAUCCAAAAACUUCUGUUGUCCUGGAGCAAGAUCCAAAAAUCUAUUGAAAUCAACUGAAAGACUCUUGAUUACUUGGAUCAGGCCCUUGGAGAAAGAAGAGUUGUGGUAUUGGGAGUUUUUCUUUCACUCCAUUAUUUAAUCAGAAAUUUGGAACUUGAGUGCAUUGCUCUACAAAUACAUGAGACUAUUUUUCAUCAUUACCUACACAACUCAUUGGCUAUUGUAUGUAACUUGUGGUGGCUGAUUGAGUGUAGUAUUUAUGAUUGCAGAAGUUAGAGAGAGAAAAAGUCUGUUAGGCCAUAUAAUUCACCCCCUGCCACUAGUUAAUAUCAGAGAUGAAAAUUCGUGGCUAUGGGCUUGAUCCAAAUCCAUUGACGUCAGUGGGCUUUUAUGUAAGGCCCUUAAUAACUUUCUGCAUAAAUAAACCCAAGAAUAUUUGGAGAAUGUAUUUAGCUAAUAUACAUUUUAAUGUAAUAAAAAUUAACUGGUCUUAUUAGAAUUGCUUUUUUUAAACUUACACUUCACAAACAGAACUAUUCUACACUUACACCAUACGUGUGCAUAAACUGAGACCUAGACGUCUGAAAUCAUACACUUGAAUAUUUUCAUUUUGAGGAUUGCACUACAGUUCAUUCAGCAUUUAAUCUAGUUGAUUGUUGCUCUUGUACAGGUUGUGUAAACUGAGUUUUGUACAAACAAUGUGUAGAAGAAAUACAUUCUGAAUAGGUCAUUUUAUUGGUCAGAUAUCUGCAUACUUUAUGGUUCAAUCUCACAUCAACUGAAGCAUGAGUAUUGUAUUUAACCCAAAAUGCAAUUGGUACUGUUAAAGACUUUUAGAAAAGCUAGUAGUUGUUUGACUAGCCACAAAGGAAAACAUUUGAUAUUUUGCUAUACCAAAUAACCUAAACUAGUUGUUUUUCUUGAGGCUUUCGGAACUUUGGGGAAGCCAUUGAAUCUAUGUUUAGUUUUUAACCAGAUAUUCUGAGUUGGAAUUGUAGUAGCACUUAUACAUUAGGCUGAAUAUUGGGUAGUAGAAGUUGCACAUCCCAACCGCCUGCUGAUUGAAAAUAUACAAACAAUUGGGGUGUGAGCCCACUCCCUUUGAAGUCAGUGGCAAAACUAUCACUCCAAAUCCUACAGAAUUUUUAGAGGUUUUUUUAUCCUUCCCUUCAUUAUUCUUGUUCUGAUGCUUAGGCCUGAGUUUGCAUUGGUAGUCCCUGUAACCAUUCAGUACUUCAAUCAACAUGUAUAUAGAAAACAUGCCUUGGAAUUCUAGCAAAAUGGUUCCCAACCUGGUCCAUGGGCCACAAUGAGGGAGAGCCAGGACACCCACAGAAGUAGCUAGAAAUAAGAGGAAGCCUGCCUAGCCCAAUUGCAGAAGGGGCCUUCAUUGGAAGAUGGGAGAUGGCCCACAUGACAAUAAAUAGUGGGGGGAUUAAUAAAAGGUAGUAUGAAAGUUUGAAAACUUGUGGGCCCUGCAUAGCAUAUUUUGAUGCUAUUGAAUAAUGGUAAAUUGUUUACUCUUCAGCAAUCUACCCAAGGAAAUUAAAAAGAGGAGAAUUCAAGCUUUAACUCUUAAAAAUGUGUAACGGUUAUAGCCAGAUACUGCUUGUCUCAUGCAAGUAGCCCCACUGACUGCAAUGGAAAUACUCAGCAGGAUUUGGCAUUCAAGCCCUGCUCCUACAACAGGGUCUCUGGGGUGGACCCCAUUAACUUCACUGGUGCUCCAGGCAGACACAAUUUCAGGAUUGGGACCUUAGGUUGCUUAAAAAUAAAAAGCAUAUUACUGUGUUUUCUGUUGUGCCAAACAGUUAUUUGAUUACACUUCCCUCCUUCCGACUACUAAGUAUGUUUGGAAGGUGCAUUUUCAGUUUUAUUAUUAAAAUUGUAGUUUUUCAUAAUUUUAUACUAAAAUUGUAUAUAUUGUAAUAUUUACUAGAAUUUAAAAUAAAGAGCACAAUUAGUAUUGCAAAGCUGUUUAUGGUUGUGAUCCUGCAAACCUUUAUUCUCAGAAGUAGGCCUUGUUCUUACAAAGUCAAUAGGAAAUACUUGUCAGUAAGGAUUUGUAGGAUCAGGCCCUAGAUUAGUAAAAUUGUUUCAUAGUGAGUUCUAAAUGUGCUAAUCUGCACCAAUUUUAAAAACAAAUCCUUCUAACAUUUUAUAAGGAGCUGUUUAGCUUUUAAUUUGUAUUAACAAGGACAGUUCAGGAUAUGAGUUGAAACUUUUCCACAGCUUAAGUUCUAUAUUUGGGCCACGUCUAUACUUACCCGCCGGGUCGACGCGGCGAGUUCGACUUCUCGGAGUUCGAACUAUCGCGUCUGAUCUA